UCACGCAGAAGAGUGAAUAUGGCGACGUUUCCGACCUACGAGCCGCCCAUUGCGGCUUUCGUGCAUGCCCCGGAGAACACACUCCUACGGCUCGACGUAUUGCAGCCUCCUACCGUCGUAGGCGUAACCUUGAACCGCGAAGAACUGAGUGCUCUGGAGUCUUCUACUCUUGAUUAUGCUGUUACGGCCCCUCGACAUGACUGGACGUACGACUUCAAGUCUGUCUUUGAACCUUGGCUCUCGCGCAACGGAUACCACGGACCUAUGUUCAAUGUGGGAGAUAUGGCCCAAUCGCCUGAGUACUGCGAGGGAAUACUUCAAGACGGAUACGAGAUAUUUCUUAAUACGAUACCCGACGUGCUUCCGUCCUUUGUGGAAGAGCUGUUUGGCAGUCCGUUCAUCAAAGUUUGUCUCGACUUUUUGGGAGCCUUUCAACAACCUUUGGAAAUAUUUUGCGAUGAUGAUGAUGGGAAGAUGCGUACUAGGGGAUGGAUGGCGUGGAGGAUUGCGAGCUUGGUACUGGCUGGGCUGAAGGAUCUUGUGGAGGAGAGGAAGGAGUUUGAAGGGUAUCAGCCAGAGAAUUUUAGGAUUUUGGGGAUGUUACAUUUGUUUGAGUAUAGUUUGUCUGUCCCGGUGUUGGUGUACGCACCUCGUAGAGUUUGA